AUGUCGAAAGUGGCCGAGCGAGUGCGCCGCGAGUGCUCCCGGAUCCGGGCCACGGGGCCGCGGCUUCCGAUCCUCGCAGUGCAGGAGACGGCGGACUGCCGCAGUUUGCGGGCGGAGAUCCGUGGUCCCAGCGACAGCCCUUUCGAGGGCCAAAGCUUCGGCGUCGAGCUGCACUUCGGCGAGGAGUACCCCUUCCGCCCACCUGCAGUCCGCUUUGCGUCCCCCAGGCGGAUCUUCCAUCCCAACGUCAACUCCAAGGGUGGAAUUUGCAUUGACAUUCUGAACGAUCCUACGCUCUGGUCUCCCGCCAUUGGCUUGGAGAAGCUGCUGCUCAGUGUGGCGUCUUUGCUGAGUGAGCCUCGUGUGGAGCACGGCUUGAAUGAGGAGGCACUGGCACUUCUGCGAUCCGAUGCGGCGGCCUUCGCUGCGCGGGCGCGUGCGGCGGCUGCGCAGCCCUCUCUGCCCACACUGGCGCCCGUCGACGCUGCGCAUGGGGCGCAGGCCCCGCAGGCCGCGCAGGCCCCGCAGGCCGCGCAGGCCGCGCAGGCCGCGCAGGCCGCGCAGGUCGCGCAGGCCGCGCAGGCCGCGCAGCCUGGUGCACGUGCCUCACCUCAAACAGAGACUGGUUUCCGGAGAUCCCAAGGAGUGCGUGUUAAACCCAGAGAGGCCCGGAGAAAUAUUAGGCACGCAACGCGCUGUAACGUUGAGACACUGAGCGUUUAG